ACGUGGGGAGGAGGCUCGGCGCCACCGAGAGGGAGGAGGGAGGGCGCGCAGUCCCAGCCCAGAGCUUCAAAACAGCCCGGCGGCCUCGCCUCGCGCCCCAGCCGGUCGGUCCGUCCAGCCGCCAGCGCCCGGCAGAGCAUCCUCUUGAAACUGACCCAGCCCUUGGAGCCAAGACAGUUCCUUUGCUGCAGAAGUGCCAGUGAGUGCCUUGGACGCCCGUGUUCUUCCUCCAAAGUCAGCUGUUUCAGCUCUGAGGGUCCAGCACCGCACGAGGGGCCUUUUCCCUUAACAGCCUGGUCGCAGAGAACAGAACUCAAAGCCAGCCCUCCCCUGGCCAAAACCACUUUGAUUCCCGUGUUUCAGAUUUGAGUUUCUUUCACCCUCUUUAGCCCCUCCCUCUUUCUGGCCUUCCGACGCUACUUGGUGGCCCCACCGUGACCCGUGAAAAUGUUGGUGCUUCUGGCUUUCAUCAUCAUCUUCCACAUCACGUCCGCAGCGUUGCUUUUCGUCGCCACCAUCGACAAUGCCUGGUGGGUAGGAGAGGAGUUUUUCGUGGAUGUCUGGAGAGUGUGUGUCAACAACACGAAUUGUACAGAACUAGAUGACACCAUGCAAGAGUUCUCCACGGUGCAGGCGGUCCAGGCCACCAUGAUCCUGUCCACCAUCCUCUGCUGCAUCGCCUUUCUGAUCUUCGUGCUCCAGCUCUUCCGCCUCAAGCAGGGAGAGAGGUUUGUCUUAACCUCCAUCAUCCAGCUCAUGUCAUGCCUGUGUGUCAUGGUUGCAGCUUCCAUUUACACAGACCGGCGCAAAGACAUUCACGACGGCAACCCCCAACUGUAUGCCUCGACCUUGGACGGCAGCUAUGGCUACUCCUUCAUCCUGGCCUGGGUGGCCUUUGCUUUCACCUUCAUUAGUGGCCUCAUGUACCUGAUACUGAGGAAGCGCAAAUAGAGCCCAGGAGCUGGGUCGCUUUCACUGCAGCACAAAAUCCACCUUCAGAUAACCGUUUUGUAUAUAAUCCAUUUUUUUUGUGUGUGGUUUUUCUAGCAAACAUUGUUCCUUUUUUUUUUUUUUUUUUGCUUUUUAGGGCUGCACCUGUGGCAUAUGGAGGUUCCCAGGCUAGGGGUUGAAUCUGAGCUGUAGCCACCGGCCCACACCACAGCCACAGCAAUGCCAGAUCUGAGCCGUGUCUGCGACCUAUACCACAGCUCACGGCAACGCCGGAUCCUUCACCCACAGAGCAGGGCCAGGGAUUGAAUGCGCGUCCUCAUGGAUACCAGUCGGGUUCGUUACCAUUGAGCCACAGCAGGAACUCCAAACACUGUUUCGUUUGAAAGGCAAAAAGAAGUGAAGAGGUUUUGCAUUCUUGAGAUCAGAGAACAGACGACGAAGGCUGGAAUUCAGAGCUCCCGCCCCGCCGAAAGCCUCUGUACGACAAAGCCAGAAAUCCAGCCAUGCUCACGUCCAAAGGUGUUCAGCAAGAUCUUUCUUAACCACGGGGAUGUCCUGUGAUAUGGCAAGAGGCCAAGAAAGCGAGGACUCGGGGGACAUCUCCCCCUAGGUUUGGGCCACAAUCGGCCCCCCUGACGUCAGCUUCCCUUCCCAAAUCUCUCAGUAACGGAGGGUGGUGAGGGGGUCUGGGUGAGGCAGGAAACCUUGGCUGUUUAGCCACGUUCCAUUUUAGAAAGAGGUGUAGCCCCCAGUGUUCUGUCUACAUCCAGACCAGACCCCCUAACCCUCCUACAGGUCCAGAAAGUGCCACUCAAAUUAGCUGUCAGUGUCACCUGCUUGCCUAGGAGAGGUGAUCUUUAACCGGGGGGUCAGAUUUAGGCUCGUCCUCAUCUCAACAUGUGAUCCCUAGAAUACUUUGUAAAAUGCAAGCUAUCGGAGCCCCUCCCUAGACCUGUAGAAUCAGAGUCUUCAGAGUUGGGGCCCAGGAACCUGCAUUUCUAAUAAGCUCCUCAGUGACACCCAGAUGCCUUACAGCUGAGGGCCACGGUCCCGGGACCGAGUGAACAGAGCUGCCUCGUAAAUGCUCAAGCUCUUAUUGUGUGGAGAUGGGGAGAUGGUCUAGACCCCACCGGAGGCCCAAACCUUGCCUCCAUCAGCAGUUCGUCCUUCACUGUCUCGUCCACAGCUGCUCACAUCUGGACCACCCACACACCAGCCCCAGGCCUUGUACUCCCAUAGCCAGACACCCUGGGGGGUGCAGCCUCCAUCGUCACCCAACUCAGAAGCCCUCUGCCUUCUAAGGCUGCCUGGCCUCUGCUAACCAUUUCUGGAGCCUCCGAGGACCACCCAUCAUUCAUCCUUCCGUCCAUCCAUCCAUCCAUCAGCAUAAAUCAUGGGAUGCUUGUGCCGGGCACUGUCGAGACGGUCUCUCUCCCUGAGGGGCUCACCCUCUAACGGAGGAGACAAAUUAAAAGCCAAUUAGAAAAAUGAAUUGUACACAGCGCUGAAGGCUGCAGAGAACACAACCAAGGAUUCAGGAGAGAGGCCCAUGGGGUGGGAGGGAGGCUGCUCUAUGCCUGCCUGUUUUUCAAAGCUCCUGGGGGAUUUAGACCUGCUGAAAUGUCACUCCGCGUAGCCUGUGCGGAGGCGCCAAUGGGGCUGUAGUCUGUCUGUGUUACAGCCAGAGACCACUUCCUCCCUCGGAUGGGCCCGGGGUCCCCACAGUGACCGGGCCGUGGGAGGAUCCCCAAUGGUCGCGGCAUGAGAGCUACUUGGGGGAUGCCUGCCAGGGUUCAGAGAUGGGCUGCCGGCGAUUCUGAGCCUCUGGGAAGCUGGUACUCAACAUGGUGAGGUGUGUGGCAGUGUGGUGGCCCCAUCAAGUGCCGAAGGAAGAGGCUCUUUGCAGCUCACCAUCCUCUUCCUCGUGUGUGGUGAGCCUGCCGCUGGGAGGUAUGCCUGGGACCCAUCUGUGCAUGUCAGCUCUGGCGCCGUGGAAAUGACCUGCUCAGUGGAGUGAAGAUUUGCCAUCAGCCUAGUUCCAGGGGAGCUGGGGAAAUACCUGGUUCGAGUCACUUUAGGGCCACUGUGGACACUUCUUUAGCUCAGGGUUUAGUUUCCUCUCCAUCUGCCUAUGCACUCAUUCAUUCAUUCAUUCAGUUUCAACAAGAUAUUAAGUGCUUACUGCAUUCCAAGAACUACGCAGGGCUCUGAAAACACAGGGACAAGCAAAUCCAAACAUACUUCUGAGACAGAACCCACUCCCCACAGAGGGGCCACCAGCACAGUACAGGGGGACAAGGGGCCAGAGGCUGGACAAAUGGUCACCUCCUGCCUCAACGGAAAACUGUCUUUAGGCAGGUUCUGGGUCACACCUCUGGGGCUGGCAGGAUGCUAUGCAAGCCUCAUGGAGGAAAGUGGGUCUGGGUUCCCCAAGCUUUCAACUCAGGUGGCUUUCCUAUAGUUCCCUUGUAGCCACAAUGGAAACAAACAAAACCCCUUAGAACCAGAAAUCUGGAAAGUCUUAUUCCCAAGCCAUGUAUGAAUUUCCUUCCCCCAAAAGCUUCAGAAUGGGUAUCUGAAAUGAUCUGGCUGGUCUCCACUGGUGUAUAGCACUCAGUGCCCACAUGUAUCUGCGAUGCCAAGGUUUUGUGAAACAGGAGAGCUGCCUUUUCCCCCAUGUCAUGACGUGCCCCAGAGAAGUGGGAAAGAGGCGACGGCAUGAGUGAGAAAAUACCCAGUCUUCUAAACCCCAUCUGUAGAUUCAGCCCUCGCUUGGUGCUUUUGACUGGUGAUUCAAGAACAACAACAAAGAAGAUUAGCUGAGACAUCCUAGAAGCAGCUAUUAGGACCAAAUAUAUUACUGGUAACAACUGCCUUUGAGGGAACUGUAGUUUGCAUAUUUUAGGACAUUUUUAUAAAGUACUGUAAUUCUUUCAUGGAGGGGCUAUGGAUGGAGACAGACUAACUCAUUUUGUUACUUGCAUUAAAAUUACUUUGGGACUCUGUUCAAGUGAGUUUGGAGAAGGCUUGAUUUGUUGCUUGGCAUGGAUGUAAAUACUCAUACCUGAAUAUGGGAGACUUGGAGACGCCCCCCCGGCCCCACACUGUCUGCUAUGGGUUGUGCACCUGUGCGUAUCCCUAAUCACAGGAUGAAGUCCUAGGAUGCUCUGUAUUUGCUGAUGGUGAAGAAACCUAGACCCCCAAGCCCACACAUAAGCACACUAAGCAUGGUAGCUUGAAUAGAAGCUGUAGCAUCAUUUAAAAUCUGCCUGGGUGGGAAUUACUAAACUCGCUAAUAGUUGAAAGGUGACUUACAAUACAGGAGGUUGGCUAGUUUCAUAUAUUAGGGGGCGGUGGUGGUGCGAGGAAGGGCCUAGAGGCAAAGUUUGAAUCUUGUUUUGGGGACAAAUGUGAUCUUAGAGUAGUUAGAGACUUUCUACUUAAUGUGCCUUUAAAGUAGUCCAUUUUCUAUGUUUUGUAUAAUCUGAAACUGUACAUUGAAAAAUAAAGUUUAAAACCAAAUUGCCCAGA